AUGAAGGGUGAGAUUGAAGUUAGACAGGCUUCGAAUGAGGAACAAAAACAAGGUGACGCCCCUACUGAAGGCAACAAUGUGGGAACAGAAUGUGUAAUGGACUAUAGUGAUCAAUUCACAACUUAUUCGAUAUUCAAUAGUAGCGAUGCAUUACUUCGAUGGGCUCGUGAACAAGGAAAAUUGAAUAAUAUUGUCAUUGUAAUUAAAAGGUCUGAUUAUGGAGGUGAUGGCAAGAGGGAGACCUCGUGUAAUACUUGCUUGGACACUGGUACCAAGAAAUGUGGAUGCCCAUUCUUGUUAAAAGGUGUCAAUAUUGGUGAUGGGGAUGAUUGGAAGUUGGAGGUGGUUCAUUUGUCUCCAGAUCAUCCUAUUCCACCAGUUUCUAGAAUGUGGCAUGAACAAAGUGACAUAUGCAAUGUAACACAUUUGUACUCGAGGUACCAAGCACGUGUGGAUGCUUUUCAACAACUUCCGGGAGUGGAGAAUGUAGCUACUAUAGAUACUGUCAUCCUAAUGACUGAUGAAAAUGCACCUGUUACAGAAUUGAGAUUAUAG